GAACCUGAAGAAAAGCACGCGUGAUUCGCGCUAACUGGAAAGCAAGAUGGCGGUGGCUGUGCGGAGCUUGCAGGACCAGCUCGAAAAAGCCAAAGAAAGCUUGAAAAAUGUGGACGAUAAUAUUCGUAAACUGACUGGACGGGACCCCAAUGAGUCACGACCGGGUCAGCUCCGUCGGCUCAGCGGCCCCAUGGCAGGCCUAGGAGGAGGUAGAGGCAGAGGAAUCAAUCUCCUCAGACGCAGUCUCUCUGAUAUGGGAAGUGGUGGCCCCCCUGCCAAACAAAGGGACAUCGAGGGAGCUCUGCUGAGGCUGGCAGGUGAUCAGAGGGCCAGGAGAGACGUGCGUCACGAUAGUGACGCCGAGGAUGAUGACGAUGUCAAAAAACCGGCGUUGCAGUCGUCUGUUGUAGCUACCUCUAAAGAGAGAACACGCCGGGACCUCAUCCAGGACCAAACCAUGGAUGAGAAGGGCAAACAGAGGAACCGGCGCAUGUUUGGCCUACUCAUGGGGACGCUGCAGAAAUUCAAACAAGAAUCGAACGUCUCUUCUGAGAAGCUAAAGCGACGUUCAGAGAUUGAGCAGAAGCUCGAGGUUCAAGCUGAGGCUGAGAGGAAAAAGGUUGAGAAUGAAAAGAGAGAACUGUUUGAGGAAAGGAGAGCCAAGCAGACAGAGCUGAGACUGCUGGAACAGAAAGUAGAAUUAGCUCAGCUGCAAGAGGAGUGGAACUGCCAUAAUAAUCAUUUGGUGAAAUAUAUCCGCACUAAAACCAGGCCUCAUAUUUUCUACCGGCCUGGGAAGAUGUGUUCCGCCACGCAGAAACUCCUCGAAGAAUCCACCAAGAAACUUAAUGGUAUCUUUGAGGAAAGGCGUGAGGCGUUUGCCGAGCAUUUGAGUAAGAUGGAGGCACGUCCCCGGCGACAGCAGAAUCGCGAACAGGAUGGCAGCUCAGCCUCAAGGAUGGACCGCCCGGCGGAGGGUAAGCCAGCAGGUCAGAUAGAGAAGCGGACAGGUAAAAGGGGGGAGUCUAGGAGGGAUGAAGAGGAAGAAGAGGAUGAGGAAGAUGAGGAGGAAAAGGAUAAGGAAGGUGAUGGAAAGGAAAUGGGAGGGAGAGAGGGUGAAGAGAAGGAGGAAGGAGAAGAGGGGUUAAAUAAAAUGGAAGAAGUGGAGGAGGAAGCAAUGGAGGUUAGUGAGGAGGGAAGCAAGGAGAUAGGUGAGGAGGACCAGAAGGGGAGAAAGGAAUCAAGUCCAGAGUCUGAGGAGAAUGAGGUAGAAGAGAAGGAGGAUGGGGGGCGGCAGGAAGAGAUAGAAAUAGACAGGACGCAGGAGUCCACAGAGAUCCAAGAGGAAAAGACUCCAGAUGUUCAGAGCUCUAAAGCAGCCGUAAGCAGCCAAAAGACCCCGGACAGAAGUGAUCUGCCCUCUGAGAGCCUCGCUCCCCAGGAACCAGCAGAGCAGUCCCCUGUGACGGAGGCUGCCCCUAAAACCCAAGAACCCCAAAGGGCCUCCAUCACCCCUAAUCAGGAUGUAGCCAGCCCCGCGCAGGAGAACAGCGAGUUGCAGUCCAGCCUUCAGGAGUCCACAGUGGAGAGAAAAUCCGAGGAGAACGAGGUCCUCCAAAAGCUGCCCGAUUCCAAGGAGACCCCAGUACCUGCUCUGACAAAGGAGGACGACCAAGUCAGAGGGAGAAAGAAGGAAAAAGAAGUGAGGAAACGUCGCAGCCGUAGCAACAGUUCCUCCUCCUCUUCAUCUGGGUCAUCCUCCAGCGGUAGCUCAUCUUCAUCCUCAGGAUCCAGCAGAUCCUCGUCGUCAUCGUCAUCCUCCUCCUCCUCAUCGUCCAACAGCAGCAGCCGGAGCCGUGACGGCGGCAAGCGAAAGAGGAGGCCGUCGGAUAGAAGCAGAGACAAGAAGAAAGAGGAGAGGGGUCAACAAAAGUCAGGAAGAGGAGACUCGAAGAGGAGGAGGAGGAGCGAGGAAAAGAAGGGCAGGCCUUCUCGGAGUGAUAGGGAGCAAAAAGAUAGAGACAGGAAGGACAAGAGACGCUGAUGUUGAAAAAAGGUGACUUAAUCUGCUACGUUCAUUGUGAUUACGGUUUUAAUGCAUUUUUCACUAAAAUCACCAAUUUUUUUUUUUUAUUGUAAGUUUUAAGUCAGCUUAAAACAUUAAAAAAUGUCUUAUAGGCCACAUUGUUUGUUAGUAGCCAGUUUAAAAUAUGUGGAAAACUUAUUUCUGUCCCUUUUUCCUCCUGAUCGACUGUCACUGCAAAUGUGUCCGAUUUGAAAUGGUUCGUCAUUUUUAAUUUGGCGUGAUAUUUAGGUAGUAAGAGACUCCGUGGGGCUAAAAGGAGCUUCUUUCUAUAACAGCACAGCUGAUUUGUUUUGGUAGGAAUGAUUCGGAUUUGGUUCCGUUGAGGUCGUUGCAACUUGGUUAAUUCUCAUUGACACCAUGUGUGCUUUUUAUCCAGCUGUUUGGAUUCUCAAUUUUUUUUUGUUUUGUUUUUUUUUUUUUUACUUCA